GUGUUACCUUCUAAUGUCAAUUCGAACACCUCAUAAUGUUUCUUUCUUCAUGACUACUUCAUGGCUUUUUCUUGAUUCUUCACAAUCACUGAGCAUCAAUCGUGCGCAGAAUCAUAGUUGAUGAAUGCAUGAGAUCAAGACAGUGAAUACACUUAAUCCAAUUGAGCACAUCUCGUGAUCUAUAACGAAAGCAUUGCCAUAGCUGCAUGUGAGUUAAAUACUUAAGUUGCGAUUUCCACAACUCUGAGAGUCGUUACUCUGUACAUCAUCAUACUUUCGCAGCUAUGGUCGAACUACCAUCGACGUCUUUUAUCCUAAGCGGAACCCUUCGGGCUCUAGUUUUCGCAACAACUAUUACCGCAGUAUACCUCACCACUAUCACAAUUUAUCGUCUGACAUUUCAUCCCCUCGCAAAAUAUCCUGGUCCAUUCUUAGCUAAGAUUACGGAUUGGUACUCAGUAUACCACGCAUGGAAAGGCGACAGGCAUCUCGAGUUCUACAGGUGCCAUGAGAAAUAUGGUCCGGUGUUUCGAUAUGGACCUGAUAGUCUUUCAAUCAAUUCCAACACGGCUUUGAAAACUAUCUAUGGCCACAAGUCAAAUGUAAAGAAGUCUCAAUUCUACUCGGUAUUUCCUCCAACGAAGGAUACUUUCAACACUCACAGCAGCAUCGAUAAAGCCAGUCAUGCAAGAAAACGAAGAGUUUUGUCUCAUGCAUUCUCAGACAAUGCCAUCAAGACAAUGGAGAAGUACAUUUUAGGCAAUGUCAGAACUUUCUGUAACAAUCUGGGUCAACCAAAAGCAUCAGCAGAGAAGUCGACUGGUGGAUGGAGUGUUGCUCAAAACAUGUCUGAUUGGUGUAACUACUUAACUUUUGAUGUUAUGGGUGAUCUUUGUUUCGGUAAAGCAUUCGAGAUGUUGGAAAAUGCUUCGAAUCGUCACGUGAUUGAUCUUAUUGGAAACGCUGCUCACACUCACUUGAUUACUGGUACAUAUCCGAUUAUCAAGACCAUUGGCUUGAGCAAGAUUCUCUUCCGAAAGAUUUAUGCUCAAAGAAUGAAGUAUAUGGCCUACAGUAGAGCUCAAGCCGCCGAAAGAACCAAGAUCGGACUUGAUACCGACCGAAAGGAUUUCUUCUACUAUCUCCUCAAUGCUCGUGAUGCAGAGACAGGACAAGGGUUCACGACACCAGAACUCUGGGGCGAGAGCAAUUUGCUCAUUAUUGCUGGAUCUGAUACCACUUCCACGGCUCUCUCUGCUGCUUUCUUCUACUUGGUGCACAAUCCCGAUAAGCUAGAGAUUCUUACGAAAGAAAUUAUGUCCACCUUCUCUGAUGUCGAAGAAAUUCAUUCAAGUCCCACACUCAAUAGUUGCGCUUACCUUCGAGCAGUCGUAGAUGAAUCAAUGCGGCUCUCACCACCCGUCGGUGGCAUUCUUCCCCGUGAAGUUCUCCCAGGCGGUAUCGAUAUUGAUGGUCUGCAUAUUCCAGCCGGCUAUGUAGUUGGAACUCCUCACUACACCAUUCAUCACAACCCAGCCUACUACCCAUCUCCUUUUACAUUUCUCCCCGAACGUUGGAUUCCGUCCUCUUCGCCGCAGGUCACAAAAGAUUCGGUAGCACUCGCUCAAAGUGCUUUCUGUCCUUUCAGCAUCGGUCCUAGAGGAUGUAUUGGAAAGGGCGUAGCAUAUGUUGAGCUCAUGACUAGUUUGGCCAGAGUAGUAUUCAUGUAUGAGAUGAGGAUAGCAGAGGGAUAUACCGUCGGAGAAGGGAGUGAAGAAAUGGAAGUCAGCAGACGGAGGAAAGAAGAAUACCAACUCAAAGAUAGUUUUACAAGUAUGAAGGAUGGUCCUUAUGUUGAGUUCAGAGCGAGAGCUAAGUGAGAGGUGGCGGAGCUCGGAGGACGGAGGAUUAUAGCCUUGCAUUUUAUGGCGGAUUACUGGCAUUUGAGUCUCUGUGCAGUUUUUAUUUUAUGUCAAGGACUUUCAGCGGCUUUACUUGAAGUAAUUAAAGAAAAUUCAAGUUGCAUGAUAUGUGAGUCCAAGUCAGUGAGGUCAGACCCUGAAAUGAGUAUUCGAUAAGAACCGAAGCCCGCAAGCAAACUAUGUGAUAUUUAGGGCAAAUAUGUGAUUGUCAUUGCCGGUUUGGGCUAACCGUUAGUUGUCAAGACACUGAUUUAUUCUAUUUAUUUACAUCUAGUCAUAACAUGCACAUUCAGUAAUGUGAUCGAAAAACAAGUUUAAGGUCUCUUUCAUAUACUUGAAUAUGAAACCUCA